CUCAUUAUUACAACGAUAGCAACCCCACUUUCAAAUUCAAAUCUCAUCUUUUACCUCCCACUAUCUGAUACCAUACCACCCAAGUUCCGACACAAACUCGCCGGAAAAUCAAGAAACCCGGAUCCAGUCUCAGAAAUGGAACCAAAACAGCAAACCCAACAACAAAAACUUGAAAUCCCAUCUUCACCAUUACCACAUUCAUCAUCUUCUUCUUUUUUACUCCGUGACAUUUCGAAUUUUAAAACCCCCAAACCACGACGCCAGUCUCAAGCAAACCCUAGUUUCAACUUCGAAUCUCCUUGUCCUCAGUUCUUUAGUGCUCUUAAACAAACACCCAAAUCAUCACAUUCCACCGUUCGUCGCCGCCCUAGGUUUUCACUUGCUGCUCAAAAACUCAAAGCUGUGGAACUAGAGCAAUCAAAGUCAUCAAGGAAAACACAAACAGACAAAGAGAAGUCACUGAAGUCGUUGGCAAAAUCUCUUACUGUUUGGCUCAAUUUCCUGUUCGAAAAUCCCAGGUCUUGUGGGGUCGAUGUAUCAAGAUUCACCGGUGAAGACUCUUCUGAUGGGUCAUCCAUGGUGUUUUCCGGUGGAAAAAGAGACAGCGUCUGUCAUGAUGGAAUUGGGGUUGAUCGAGAGUGGCGUGGGCCCAAACGUAGGAAAGAUACGCUGUGGAUUCAUAAGGGUGAAGUGGAAAACAACUUUUCAAGUUCUAUACAUACACGCUUGCAGGUUUCUCUUGAGGAUGUUUGUAGUUUGGAUGACAUGAAAGAGAGAAUGUCAUUUUACUUGAGUCUCACUAGUUGCAAGGAGAUUUUUGAUGUCAUGACUCAUGUAACAAAGAAUAUUGAUGAAGGAAGGCUAAAGAUGAAGGCUCAUUGCCCAAUAGUUACUGAUGUUGGAAUGAAGGAGAAUGCGUUGAAGAUCUUAAUGUGUUAUAACCCUGUUUGGUUAAGAAUAGGGCUUUACAUCAUAUUUGGUGGCGAAUCUUUGUUACCAAAUCCAAACACAGAAAUGAAUUAUGAUCAAGAAAUUUCUUUUCUUAAAAUGGUUGCUGAAAAGUUGUUUUUCUCGCAUUCUGGACUUGCAAAAGCCUACAUCUAUAACAAACUGGUUGAGGGUUUGUAUAGACCAGGUUAUUAUGAGAAACUAGGGAGUAUUAUAUUGAAGAAGUUUUUAUUGCUAGUAAUCAUACUUGAUCGAGCUAAAUCUCAGAGUAGUUUGCCUAUUAGUUAUGGAAUAGAUGGAGUUGAUGGAGGGUCACCAUUGUUGUUCACAUCACGAGCUACUAUCAAAUCAAGCAGUGAAGUGAUUUCUGAUUUUUUAUCACCGGAUGUUAUGCAUGGAGUUGGUAAUCUUCUUACACACCUCAUGAUUAUAGGCUACAAGGUUUCUUAUCGACAGAAUCCUCUUGUCAAAUAUGUGUUUAAGGUGACUGAUCUUUUUAAUGAUCUUCAAAAUGGAGUUCUUCUUUGUAGAGUCAUUCAGCUCUUGCAACAUGACCCUUCUAUUCUUAAGAAAGUGGUUGUUCCAUCAGAUGAUCGAAAGAAGAACUUUGCAAAUUGUGAGAUUUCUCUAAAAUAUCUGAAAAAGAUUGGAGUUCCAUUAUGUGAUGAAGAUGGAGUUGAGAUUAUAACAGAAGAUAUUGUUAAUGGGGAUAAGGAGCUCAUAAUCUCAUUACUAUGGAACAUCUUUGUUCAUUUACAGUUGCCACUUUUGAUCAACAACAAGCUUUUAUCAGAUGAAAUCACCAAAAUCCGUGGACUUGAAGAGAUGCUUCCGGAAAGCUCUAGUUCAUUGCAGAUGCUUCUUGAGUGGAUUAAGGCAGUUUGUGAAAAUUAUGAUUUGAAAGUUGAUAAUUUUGCUUCAUUGGUUGAUGGUAAAGCCAUGUGGUGUGUAGUUGAUUAUUAUUUCCGAAAAGAACAUUGUAAUGCUAGUUCUAACAAGAAUCAAAAGGAAACAAAUGAAGUGUCACUCAUGUCAGCUUCGGAUUAUGUGGAUGCAGUUCACAACUUUUUGUUAUCACAAAAGUUGACAACACUUUUGGGAAAUUUCCCAGAGAUUCUGCAAGUUAGUGAUAUACUUGAAUACAAAGGAGCUUGCAGUGACAGGGGUGUGAUCAUCCUGUUGGUUUUCCUCUCAUCCCAACUAAUUGUGAAGAGAAAUUUGCAACAGAUAAACUUUCAUAAGCUCUUAGGACACAAUCAAAAUUCAGAGAGGAAAUGUAUCAGGCGAGAUAGACUUCUUGGAAGUCAUGAAGAAACAUGUCAGAACCACAAUGAAGACAAUGGGAGAAAGUUCAAGGCUAUCAUGUCUUGGUGGAAAGAAAUGGCUCAGCAUAACAGUAAUGUCAAUGUGAAGCCAGUUUACACCAAAUUUAUUCAAGAAAGAGCUUUGAUUGUAAGCCAACAAAAUAAUAUCAAAUGUAAUCAAGAAAAGGCUGCAUUAAGAAUUCAGUUUGCUUGGAGAAAGCAUGUAAACAGCUCUCUCCAUAAUCAAAGGCAAUCAGCUGCAACUAUGAUUCAGACUUGUUAUAGUGGUUGGAUGUUAAGAAAGAGUUUCUUGAAUUACAAGCAAGCUGCAACAAAGAUUCAAGCUUGUUAUCGUUGUUGGAUGUUAAAGAAGAGUUUCUUGAGUCACAAGCAAGCUGCAACCAAAAUUCAAGCUUGUUAUCGUUGUUGGAUAUUAAAGAAGAGUUACUUGAGUCACAAGCGAGCUGCAACAAACAUUCAAAGUCAUUAUCGUGGAUUUAUAUCAAGACAGAGUUUCUUGAAUCAGAAGCAAGCUGCUACAAAAAUUCAAGCUUUUUAUCGUUGUUGUAUGUUAAAGAUGAAUUUAUUGAAUCACAAGCAAGCUGCAACACAAAUUCAAGCUUUUUAUCGUUGUUGGAUGUUAAAGAAGAAAUUCUUGAAUCACAAGCAAGCUGCUACGCAAAUUCAAGCUUUUUAUCGUUGUUGGAUGUUAAAGAAGAGUUUCUUGAAUCAAAAGCAAGCUGCAAUGAACAUUCAAAGUCAUUAUCGUGGAUUUAUAUCAAGAAAGAGUUUCUUGAAUCACAAGCAAGCUGCAACAAGAAUUCAAAGUCAUUAUCGUGGAUUUAUAUCAAGAAAGAGUUUCUUGAAUCAUAAGCAAGCAAUAACAAAGAUUCAAAGUCAUUAUCAUGGAAUGUUAUUGAGGAAGAGUUUCUUGAAUCACAAGCAGGCUACGAUAAAAAUACAAAGUUAUUAUCGUGGAUUGCAAUUGAGGAAGAGUUUCUUGAAUCAGAAGGAAGCAACAAUAAAAAUUCAAAGCCAUUAUCAUGGAAUGUUAUUGAGGAAGAAUUUCUUGAAUCAAAAGCAAGCAGCAACAAGAAUUCAAAGUCAUUAUCGUGGAUGGGUGUCAAGAAACAGUUUCUUGAAAACGAAACAAGCAGUUAUUAAAGUACAAAGGGUAUAUCGGUCUUUAAAAUGUUUGAGGGAAUUUAAGAACUACAAACUUGAAAUCAAGUCAGCAGUCAUUAUUCAGUCAUGUACACGAGGAUGGAUUGCUCGUAGAAUAGCAUGUAGACAUAGAUCCCACAUUAUGCUUAUCCAAAGCUAUUGCCGUGGUUGGUUGAUGAGAAGAGAGUUUUUGUUACAAAAAUCGGCUGCAAUGAGGAUUCAAAGUGCAUUUCGAUGUUUUAAAAGUUUCAAGGCUUUCAAGUGUGAUAAGAAUGCUGCUAUUGUAAUCCAACAAUGCGUGAGGGAAUGCAUUACCAGAAAGAGGCUCUUAGGUUGUAAUAAUGAAACCAAGAAAGACUUCUUCUCCAAUAGCCAUCAACAACUUAAGACAUAUACAGAUUCUGCUACAAAGUUGCAGAAAUGGUGGCGGGGUAUAUUACUAUCCAAAACAAGAACAAGAACAAAAUCAGCCAUUCUUAUCCAAUCUAAUGUUAGAGGAUGGAUUUCUAGAAGAACAACAGCUCAAAGAAGGCAUCGUAUUGCAGUCAUCCAAUCAUAUUGGAAAGGGUAUAUUGAGAGAAAACAUUCAAGAGAAAAGGUAUCGGAUAUACGAUUAAGAGUACAAAAAUCAGCUGCAAAUGUGGAUGAUGGAAUGCGGAUUAUAAACAGGCUUAUUGCAGCCCUUUCACAACUUAAAAACACCAACAGUCUCAGUGGCAUCCUUCAUAUUUGUGCAACUCUUGAUAUGGCAACAAAACACUCUCAAAAAUGCUGUGAGGAGCUUGUGGCUGCAGGGGCCAUUGACACACUCCUUGGACUUAUUCGUUCCAUUAGUCGUAGCAUUGCUGAGCAAGAGGUUUUAAGAUACACACUUUCCACUUUUAGAAACCUGACAUGUCAUCCUCAUUUGACUCAACCCCUCAUUGAUGCUCGUGGAUCCAUUGAAACGAUUUUUUGGGAAUUUAUACGAAACAAAGAAGAUGCGUACUUUGUUGCGGGAGAUGUUUUAAGGAAUAUAUGUUUGAAUAAAAAUGGGGUUGAAAGAUUAGGUGCUUCACAUGCUUUAGUUAAGAGAUUGUAUAAUCUUGUUGAAGAUCUUAAAAGGAAAGCAGGCAAUGAAAAGAGGAACCCUCAAACCCUACCAGCAAAGGAACAAACGGGCAGAAGAUUGAAAGAAGCUGUUCAGAUCUUAAAGUUGAUAACCAAUGGUUGAGAUCGAUUCCAACUUGGAAACAUUGUGGUUUUCUUUUUUACUUUUAUUUUUCAAAGUCUUGUUUUCUUGCAAGAAAUCUAGAUUGGUGUAUAUAUCAACUUAGAAUUUGUGUUGAGUAAAUGAAUGAAGCUUUUAGGGUUUUUUAGGUUGAAUGCUUUGAUUGCCUAUCGAUUUAUAAUGAUCAUUGAUGUGUUUGGCAUUGGAG